AUGGCGACAAAACUCAUUCAAGUCAGCCAUCUACCGGUAGUUCUUUUAGGGGUUGCCUUCAUCUUCUCUGCAAUAGGAGUUGGUACAAGUGCUUGGCAUGGAGGAAGUCUUUUUGCAACAAGCAAUCUCCAUUGGGAACACCUGUGCACGGCAGUGGGCGCUCUUAUGAUACUCGGUUGUGUCGGAAUGGGUUUCGGAUUUCUUCUAGCUAUCUACUGGACAAAGUAUCCUGAUACAGUAGGCCCUGUGCUAUUGGCGUUUUAUAUUAAUCUCUACGUGGGAACCGCAGCUUUGACUAUAGCGAUUCUUGUCUUUACGACGAAGAUAACAACGUCAUGGUCUUUUCUAAUGGCAAUUAUGGCUUGUCAUUUUGCUGUUCUUACCGUUUGGGCUGAUCUACCGAUGCUGAUGGCGACCCCGUUACCCUGGCAACGAAGACAAAGAACAUUGUAUAGUUAA